UGGUGGUUAAAAUAACACGAACCUCGCCGAAAGCUUCUUUCGGCUAUGUUCGUUUUGCCGCCGUGUAGUAUCUAGCGCGUAGGUAUAUUAUUGUGUGGCUCGUUCGCUGCGCUUCUUCUUUGUUGCUUGGCGGAUUCUACUUGCUUCAAGAAAAAUGGCAGACAUCACAGAAGAAGAACUUAGAAAGGAAAUCAGGCAGAUUUUAAAUGGGGCAGAUCUAGAAAUGACUUCCCGUAAGACUGUGGUGACAAAAUUGGAGAAAAAGCUUGGUGUGGACCUCACGGAGAAGAAGAAGAUGAUCUUUGAACUGGUCAUGGAAUACGUCAAUGAAAAAGAUGAUGAAUCUGAUGAUGCUGAGGAGGCAUCUGAAGAGGAGGAAGAAGAAGAGGAGAAACCUCAGAAGAAGAAGACAAGGAAGAGGAAAGCCUCUGAUGGCGAUUCCGACGACGAUUGGGGAAAGAAGGGGAAGGGUGCUCCAAAGGCUAAGAAGGCCGGUGGUGGUGGUGGUGGUGGCGGCGGCGGCGGCGGCGGCGGCGGUGGCGGUGGUGGCGGCGGGCGAGGCAAAGGCGGUGGUUACACUCGCGCCUAUACAUUAUCGCCAGCUCUUUCUGAUCUCAUGGGGAAAGACGAGAUGCCACGUCACGAAGUCGUCAAACGAAUAUGGGAAAUCAUCAAGGAGAAAAAUCUGUACGACCCCAACAACAAACAAUUCGUCGUAUGUGACGACGCAUUGCUCAAGGUGUUCGGUACAAAAAGAUUCCGUGCUUUCGGUAUGAUGAAGUAUCUGAAAACGCAUUUUAUUAACGCGUAAAUCGUGUUUUAGAGUUCUUGAGUAUAAGUCACCAUUUUCGAUAAUCUUGGGAGUGUUAUAAGAUGACACAGAAUUUUGCGCAAAUUGAAUCCCAACUUAUUUCUGUUCACGAAAGAUAUUUUGGAAGAAAUUAAAGGGUUAUUAAUUUACCGGAAAAUUAAGAAUUAUUAAUUUCGCACACCCUCGUGAUUUUACUGCCUCAAUAUGUGGUAUUAGUGUAAGAACAGUCCACGCCAUUGAAUAAGAGUGCAAAAACGGAGUGCCAAUGUCUAUCUAGCUCCAAUAAAAUGAAACUUCGUCUAUACCGAUAGUAUUGUAUGUAAGUAUGCAGUAAUGCAAAAGGCCCUACUGAUAAGCGGGAGAGAGAAUGCGAUAUCGCUGUCCUACUUCGAUAAUUUAUGAAGUGAAGACUUCUUUAGUUUUUGAAGCGAAAAGUCAUUGAAAAAUUAUCCCCCAUUCUGGGGUUAGUAAAGUUGCCUUAAGA